AUGACAUCCGCAACCUGUCACCCAAACUUCGCAGCUGGAGACCAUCAAGCGUAUAUGGAAUAUGCCCUCGAAAAAGCCCGUCUGUCCCCUCCUGCGCCUACGAAGUUUUGCGUGGGCGCAGUGCUAGUCGAUGCGGAUCGAAAUGAAAUUUUAUCAACCGGCUAUUCAAUGGAACUUCCAGGAGACAGACCCGGAGACCCUGGCAGCACACACGCUGAGCAAUGCUGCCUGAUCAAGAUCGCGGAAAGGUACAACGUGACGGAAGAAGAGUUGGGUACAGUGUUGCCGAAGAACACCAUUCUUUAUACGACUAUGGAGACAUGCAGGAAGAGGUUAAGCGGUAAUAGAACCUGCACGGAAAGGAUUCUGAGACUUGCGAAUCGAAUCAAAGUUGUGUAUGUGGGAAUCAAGGAACCAGGGGUGUUCAUCGCUGAGAACAUCGGGAGAAGUAUAUUGGAGGAUGCAGGUGUUGAGGUCAAAUAUGUGGAGGGAAUGCAGCAUCGUAUCUUUGAAGUCGCUACUGCGGGGCACCAGAAUUAG